AUGCCAGGAAGACUACUGAGCUGGCCAGACUGGCCCGAGUUCACCGCUGCCAAGGCAGAGUUGGGCGACGACCUGGUCGGAUACAAGAAAGCCAUCGUGGACAAGUAUGGAAAGGACAACAUCGUCAAGAGCUGGCUCAAGGUCUGCAAGGAACUGGAAUCCGUGACCGACCGCAUCGCCGAGCAGGGUACCGCCGUCAUCCCUGAGGUCCAAUAUGACGACAUGUUCAGCCUGACGUCUGAGAAGAAGCAGGCCUUGAAGGAUGUGGGAUGCUUUGUCGUCCGCAACGUCUUCAGCCGCGAGCAAGCAGACAAAUGGUUCUCGGAUCUGAAGGAAUACGUUGCUGCUAAUCGGUCGCAGAUUCGGGGCUGGCCCCAAGAGACGCCCUUCAUCCUCAACUUGUACUUUUCGCCCACACAAAUGGCGGCACGAUCACAUCCCAACCAGCUGAAACUCAGCGAGGAGCUCAACUCCUGGUGGCAUGACAAGGAUGGAUCUUAUUCCCCAGCGCCGUUGUCAUAUGCCGAUGGGGUGCGCAUCCGACCCCCAGGGGUGCCGUUCCGCGGUCUUGGUCCCCAUAUCGACGCAGGCAGCCUGUGUCGCUGGGCCGAUCCGACGUAUCAGUCCGUGUACGCGGCCGUGUUUUCGGGAAACCCUGAGUCGUUGGACAACUACGACUUGACCGCCCGCAAAACCGCCAACCAGGCCAUGUUCCCCGGUUCCGCACACUCGCGAGUCUUUCGCAGCUUCCAGGGGUGGACGGCCCUGACCGCGGCCGGGCUCGGCGAAGGCAGCUUGAUGCUGUACCCCAAUGUCAAGUGGACGAUCGCGUACCUUCUGCUGCGGCCGUUUUUCCAACCCCCCGACUCCGAGAAUGAGGAGGACAUCAUGGACGCCAGCAAAUGGACCUUCAACGCCGAGAGCCCAUGGUUCCCCGGCACCUUUCGGGAGGACAGCCAACUGCUGAGCCCAUCGUCUCACCCGCACCUACGGUUACGCGAGUGCAUGGUGGGCAUCCCACGGAUGGAACCGGGGGACACGGUGUGGUGGCACGCCGACAUGUGCCACGCGGUCGAGGUCGAGCACAACGGCGACCACGACGCCAGCGUCGCCUACAUCGCCGCCACGCCCAGCACCGACGAGAACAAACGCUACAUCAAGGGCCAGCUGGAGGACUUUCUCAACGGCCUCCCGCCCGAGGACUUCCGCAACGGGUCCAGCGAGAAGACGUUUCAGCUGUUCACGGGCGAGAAGGGUCUGUUGAGCGGCGAGGCCGGCAGGAGUGCCAUGGGCUUUGAUCUGCUCGCCUGA